CUACGGAUAACCGGCGCGGGAUUAAAUAUUGUUGCAUAUAGAUGGAUUGCCCGAUGUUAAUCAGCAACUUGAGAAAGCCAAGAAUUUAUUGGUAUCAGACGGAUGCGGAAAUCGUGAUUCGUAUAAUUCUUCACGAUGUGGAGGAUUACUUUCUUAGCGUAAGGACAGACGAGCUUGAAUUUAGCACAUCGCUAGAAGGCAUCGAUUACUAUAUUUAUUUGUAUCUUUUUGGCGCAGUCAUUGCCGAGAAAACUAUCCACAAAACAACUGGAAGAGAACUCACAGUUUACCUUCAAAAAGUUCAAAAGUGGACCCCCUGGCCAAGGCUGCUUUACUCAAGCAUAGCAUAUCCACAUGUAUAUGUGGACCUUGAUCACCUUGCCUCGAUAAAACCCAAGAAAGAUAUUGAUUGGAAUGAGAGAGAAGACUUUGCUACCUUCAAACGAAAACAUGAUAUAUCUUAUAUAAGGCCCGAUGUACCAUCUUCAAAUGAAGACGAGUCUGCUGGAGAGGAGAACGAUAUGAUUUUUGAUUAUUAACAUGACUUGAAACGGAUUGACAAAACUGAGUUCUAAAUCUGAUUCUAAUGAGGUGUGAAGGCCAAUCUACUUGGAUUCGUUGAACGACACUUUCAAAAGGUAGAACCAAAAGUACAAUUAACGAAUUUCCGAGGUAACUAAAAUGCUCCAAUAAUUAUGUAGCUGAAUUCUUUUACUUGUAUAUGACAUUCUACUGUUGCUGAUACAGCAAAGCUUUAUUUACAGUUUACAAUUACAUUCAACACAUAUAUUUUCGGCACGAUCUGAAGUUAUUGGAGGAAUUAGUAGCCGGCGGACUGAAUUUCUAUUAAAUAGAACAAUGCGGUAAACUUUUAUGCCUAUAAUCUCAUCCUAUUGAAUUUUUCAUACCUUAUCCUUAUUGACUCCAUCAUGUUUGGUCGCGAAUUGUGGCCAACAGCUUGAGCCUGAUUAAUUUUGAAACUCAGAAACUGUUAUAAGUUCUGUAGAUUUGGUCUAUUUUCCACCUUUUUUUUAUCGGAGUAAAUUAGUGAUAUUCACUGUUCAUCCCGUGAUAUUUUUUACCUAGUUAAAAGUU